UGUCGGGCUUUCCAGAACUGCCCUCUUCUAGGGUAUGUGCAAAAUAAUCAUACCAGCAAUGGACUUUCACCCCGGAAGCUGCACAUGGAAAACAGUAUAGUGCGGUGGAUUGUGGAAAAAGUUUGAGAGCUGCUGAAAUGAACUGACGCUGGCACACAUCUUCGGAGAGUAAAAAGCAGCUGAGAGCCAUGAGUGUUAGUGAAGAGACUCUUUUGACCUUUUUGCUGGAGCGAGGCGGCACAGCAGAAUACACGCAACUCCUAAGUCAUUUCAGGCCCUUCCUGGAUAGUAAUGAUCCAGCGGAAAAGGAGCUGAACAGAGAGCUGUUUAAAAGGUGCGUGAACUGUGUGGCAUUCGUUAAACAAUUCGAAGGAGAGCGAUAUUUCAUUAUUAGAAAACAAUAUGUACAUUUAUUGACGCAGUCUCAUACUCCAGUCUCGAACAAGCGUGAACCAGAAGAUAGAACCAGCACUCAUAAGGCUUCAUCCUCAGCAGAAUCUGCCAGAGAGCAGAGAGAAGAUGAUCUCUCUGAAAGGGAAGGGAGAAAGACUCCAGGUCUUGGUAGCAACCGGAUUUUGGGUGAUCAGUUAACCGAUGAUGACAGUCAGUCAGCUACAGGGCUGAAUCUGCAGAGAAGACAGGAAAGAGGCAGUUUCAAGGAAGAGAUCAUUCAUGGCCCCAUAGAGACUUUACAAACCAAGGAGAUCAAUCUCCCAGGGGGUGUCAGGAGACCUAUAGUCCAGAAACCCUACAUGCUGCCUUUAAGAAUGCCUCCAGUGCGGAUGGACACAAUGACUACAAAGCCAAACUCCGAGGAGGAGCGUUUGAAGAAGGUUGAUACUAACCAGAACAUGUGUGAGCUUCCUGAGAAUAACAGAGAACCAGAAGAGUCAAACACACACUCAUCACAAGUCAUGAAAGGUUUCAGGAGUAGCAUCCGCAAUUCCGAGCUGAGAUAUUCAGGGAACAUCCCUCUGCAGAGCACGGAACACGAAUGGCUGGUGAAGACCGCCAUUGGCCAUUGGACCAGAGUACACGGUCUACUGCUGCAGGACAUACAGCUGGCCGAGAAGAGGGACUUCACAUCCGGCUUCACGGUGCUCCACUGGGCCGCCAAGAGCGGCAACUGUGAAAUGAUCGCAAAAAUCGUGGAGAUAUCGAGACGAGGCGGUAGGGAAGUCAACGUCAACUGCAAAACCUAUGGAGGCUACACGCCUCUGCACAUCGCCGCCAUACACCAUCACGAGGCCGUCGUGACUCUCCUGAUGGGCUUCGGUGCUAACAGGAACAUAAGGGACAACGAUGGCAGGAAGGCGUGUCACUACCUGCACGAAGGGGUGUCACGUGAUGUUAGAGAGUUGCUUGAGGGGCCCGGGGACCCCGGACGAGGAAAGACGCAGGGACACAGCGAGGUUGACUACCAUUUCGACUUUGCUGCAGGGUUUAACACAAUCAGCAGAUUAUUGCAGCCUUAUGUCACUGGGCAUAAAAAAAGACAUAAACGGCCAGAAUUGCACACAGCGAGCGAUGACCCAAGCAAUGAUUAAUUCCCAGGUUAUUUUAAGCAGAAAAUUAUACAGAUGAUUUUUAAAAUCUGGAGGAUGUUUCCACAAAAUCCACAAUGUAUUUUUCAAAGUAUGAAAUGGGCAAGAAAUUAUGGUUAUGAUUAUUUUACCUUUUUAUUCUUUUAUUAUCCUUUGAAUAACGCUGGGUUUAUGCAUAUUUCGCUCUCCGGAAAAGAAAUUCCAUUUGCAUAGUAAAAUUUCCUGCCUUCUAGAUUUAUACGCUGUAUAAUAUUGUGUAAUAUGUAAAUGAGAGUUUGUUAGCAAUUGGAAGGUUUGAAUUAUAAAGUUACAUUGAAUUGUACCUCGUUUAAUUUUCUGAGGUAAUGUCAUACAAAGGUACCAACUAGAGAUUUACUGAAGUACUGCGUACUUGGUGAAGCACGAUUAAUUUUGCUGUGUUUAAAUAACCAACACCUCCGGUGGACAAAACAAUGCUCCAACGACCUUUACAUGUUUCCCAGAGGACUUUACUGCAGCAUCUACCUCAUGUUUUAGCAAAGAUCCCAUAAUUGAUACGUUAGACACACAUUUGAUACACUUUCAAAGCUAAAUGAGUGCAUAAUGGGUGAUCAGACCAUAAUCAGCUUUAUAGGAUUUUCAGUAUUGGACAUAUAGUGCACUGGAUGAGCAGUGUUGGAUAGAUGGAUGGAUGGAUAUGUGGUGCUUGGGUAACCGUAUGAUAGAUAUUUUCCUUUUGUACAACUUAUUUUAACAUGGAUGUGAUACAAUA